AUGCCACAUUCACAACAUCCUACAACAACUUGCAUCGCUUCCUUGCCAUCCGAGAUCAACCAGCGGAUCUUCGCCUCAUUCUCAAAGCUUGAAUGUCUUCGGUGCAUGUUGGUCUGUCGGGCAUGGCGUGAACGUAUGGCUGAAUGGUCCGUUGAUCAGUGGCGGUCCAUACGAUUAAGCGGCAAUGAUCUCGAGCAAUUGCAUCCUUUCUUAUCACUUGUUGGAUCCUAUGCAAGGCAUAUUGUAUUGGUACAGCCAUCCGAGAAGAGCAUCAUCAAGGUGAUCGACAGCCUCAUCCAUAUGGGAUUUACACGUCUCUCUACAUUCAUGGUUGCCAUUGACAACAAGUGCGAUUUGGUGCCAUCCACUACUUUUUCAACCUUUGCCCAAUACAUGACACGUUUGCAUAUCGGAUCGACUCGUAGUCAAUGUGACAUCCUCGGCAUUUUGGCAUGCUGCCCACAGUUAACCCAUUUUUCAAGUUCGGCUCGUGUUCAUGUAUCACCCAAGGCAUCACCAUCAUCAGCAUCAUUAUCAUGCUUCAACCUUCAAUUCUUACGUAUCAACCACGGCAUCAGCACUGAUCAGCUAUUAGACAUCAUGCGUGCUAGUCCCAGCAUGCGUCAUUUACGACUCCAAUGGCACUCCAACAUUGAUUUGAUUCAAAUUGUGGAAGCUCGACCCGAAUUGGAUAUCAUCACAUGCAAUGUUUUCCCAUCCCUUGGACAAGAUCCUUUAUGGUCGACAACUUACGACAUGCCUUGCGAUCAUUUACGCACAUUCGAAAUCGACCACGUAUUGCACGAGACGCCCUUGCAUCAUUUAAUGGCCAUCUUGAAUACAUCAUGGGGACAAGGCAUUGAACGUCUUUCAUGUGGUAUUGGGAAAUUAUAUAAGAGCAAAGAUAUGAUGCGUAAAAUGCCACCCAUCCUUACACCACCCGAUACAUGUCAGCUACAGGAGUUUGUUUACAACAGCUACAAGUCAGAGAUGGACGACAUUCACGACCCUGAAGAAACUAUUAUGCUUCCCAUCCUUCAUCGUUGCAAGCAAUUACAAUCCAUUGCUCUUGACAUGGAUGCCGGCUAUGAUGGUCAACGUCUACCGAAUGAGCAAAUAUUACCAGAACUCGCACCUUUCAAUCAUCUCCCUCAUUUACGCCAUUUAUCUAUCCAUGAAGACCGAGACGACCUCUCAGACCUUUCAUUCAUGUUUUUGCAAAUGCGACAUUACGGUGUACAACUGGAAUCUUUUGAGUAUCGAAUGAACGUUGUCAAUACAUCGCUCGAAUUUGUGCAAGCAUUAUCCAUGAUGCCGAGUAUGCGACAUGUGAUAUUGAAAGAUUCAUGUGGACGAGGAUACAUCAAACAAGACGGCUUAAUCACGCUCGCACGAUCUCUACACCAAUCAUCCCCAAUCCGUACGUUGACGCUUGACGAAUCCCCAGUGCUACAUUUCAAGGAUGGGUUUCAUCCGAUAUCAAAAAUGACAAGUAUCAAGCAUCUCAUCAUCGCAAAUACUGAUCGGGUAGAUGGCCGUGGGUUGAUGUAUUUGGCCGAUUACCACAAAGGUCUCGAUACACUGGAGUUGGUGAACGCAACAAUAGAUAAAAACAUGACAACCGUCAUUGAAUAUUUAAAAGCAAGGAUCGACCAUGUUAUUGUUCGUUAA